CACGAGUUUGUAGAGGAUUUGUUCUGUCACUCAGAUGCUGUGGAGGACAUUGAUAUUUCACCUUAUGAUGAAUGUAUCUUUAGCUAUAUGCAUUUUGAAUGUACUUCUAAUUCUCAGCAGACAUGAUUGUGCAUAGCCAUAUAGAACAUAACCAACAUUUCAGGAUGCCACCUACAGUUUCUUUGCGAAGUUAUAUCUGAGGAACGAGCAUAGAAAUUCUGUUAUACCGAUGAUGUGUCACAACUCACGACCCAGAUCUAAGUAGAGGUAGUGGCCAGUGCCAGAUCCAGACCUUGAGAUAAGAGGGGGGGACCCAGUCAUCCAGACCCUUAGAUAAGGAGGGGGGUGGUCCGGUCUCCCCCCAAUUUUUUUUUUCAGACUUCAGUUUGGUCUAAAAAUAAGGGGGGGGGCGGGCCCCCCUGGCCCCUCGCCUGGAUUCUCCACUGGUGGCACAUCAUCAGUAUAGAAUUUAAGAAUAUUUAUGGAGAUCAGUCUGGAGAAUUUGUAGGUGGAUAUUGGGCUUAAAGGGGUAAGGGCUUUGACGUACCAGUGGCACAUCCUCACUUAAAAAUCCACAGGAAGAGUAAUCUCUCUUGUUCCCUAGUUUGACUAUGGUUUCAUUUUGUUCUCCUUAAUAUAACUUUCUCAAUAGAUUUAGUAACAGCAUCAAAGGACCAAACUGUUGGUGUAUAUCGAAUGGGACCACCAAGUCACGGCAUUACAGAGUAUGGAGAGAUAAGAUAA